GACUGUAAAAUAUAUAGGAAGAAAGAUGUCUCCAAAAGAACUCUCAAUAUGACACGAUGCACUGUCGCCACGAAUCGUACUUUUGACGGUGAAAAGUCGGUUCCGGACCGGUCCUGUUACGGUCAGGCGUGAAGAUGGAGGGGAGCAACACGGCCGCAGAGGCCCACCAGUAUGUCGGGCCCUUCAGAUUGGAGAAAACCCUCGGGAAAGGUCAGACAGGGCUGGUCAAACUCGGGGUGCAAUGUGUAACGGGGAAGAAAGUCGCCAUCAAAAUCAUCAAUCGGGAAAAGCUCAGCGAAUCGGUGCUUAUGAAGGUGGAGCGAGAAAUAGCCAUAAUGAAAUUAAUAGAACAUCCUCACGUGCUUGGCCUAUCCGAUGUAUACGAGAACAAGAAAUAUCUGUACCUAGUGCUAGAACACGUAAGUGGGGGCGAACUCUUCGAUUACUUGGUAAAGAAGGGUCGACUCACUCCCAAGGAAGCGAGGCGGUUCUUCAGGCAGAUAAUAUCCGCGCUGGACUUCUGCCACAGUCAUUCGAUAUGUCAUCGCGAUCUGAAACCCGAAAACCUGCUGCUAGACGAGCGGAAUAACAUCAAAAUAGCGGAUUUCGGGAUGGCUUCUCUGCAACCAGCUGGCUCUUUGCUGGAAACGUCGUGUGGUAGCCCCCAUUACGCCUGUCCUGAAGUUAUACGGGGUGAGAAGUACGAUGGACGGCGUGCCGAUGUCUGGUCCUGUGGCGUUAUCCUCUACGCGCUACUUGUUGGAGCUCUUCCAUUCGACGAUGAUAACUUGAGACAAUUACUCGAAAAGGUAAAGCGAGGGGUGUUUCAUGUGCCACAUUUUGUACCACCCGACUGUCAGCAGCUGUUGAGGGGGAUGAUAGAAGUCAACCCUGAAAAAAGAAUGACUCUAGCAGAAAUCACCCGCCACCCAUGGGUGACAGCGGGCGGUAGAGGGGAGCUAGAACAAGAGCUCCCCAUGAUGGAAGUGGUUCAGACCAGGGUGCUACCCUCAGCGGAGGCCAUCGACCCUGACGUCUUGCAAGCUAUAUGCAGUCUUGGCUGCUUCAAACAAAGGGACAAACUUAUACAGGACCUGCUGAGUCCACAUCACAACACAGAAAAAGUGAUAUACUUCCUAUUAUUGGAGCGUAAAAGAAGAAGGCCUGCGCGAGACGACGAACCUCGACCCCCCGCUCCCGCACCCCCCUCAGACCCACCCAGGAAACGACUUGAUACCUGUCGGGUGAAUGGUCAAUCAACGCAUUUUGGACAGAUAAGCGAGGGGUCGCCGAUUACGCCAAGACGAUCACAGUUUAGGUCCGCUUCGGGACGACGGAGCGAAGGUCGGAGCUCCCCGCAACUUUCUGCCAGCCCCCCAGGUCACACUCCGCAUCGCGUGUCUUCCUUAGGCGGCACCCCAGCAACGCCUGGAUCUCCUUUAGCGUCGCCGUCGGUGCGUGAGCACCAUCAUCAAAGGGCGAAUUCCACUGGACCAACUAUUAGUUUAAAUAUUAGUGGCGAGCCUGGUGAGGCGGUGAUAAUAAUAAACGAAUCGCCCAUUAUGGGCUCAUCGGUAGCGGUUCGGCCGCACAGCCCCUCGCAAUCGCAUAGAGUGCGAGAAAGAUCUUCGCUACCCGGUCCACCAGGGUCGGCGCAAACGCCGGCUCAGACCUCCCUGUUUCCCAAUAUUGGGACCAUUGCAGGGGUUCCGGCAGGAAGUUCAGGGUCCGGUGCGGCAGCGCCGUGGCGGGCGAGAUUGGCGACCAUCAAAAACUCAUUCCUGGGAUCACCUCGCUUCCACCGCAGGAAAAUGCAAACGUCCUCCGAAGAAGUCCACCUAACGCCGGAGUCGUCCCCGGAGCUAACGAAGCGAUCCUGGUUUGGUUCCCUGCUGCUGUCAGCCGACAAGGAAGAAACGUUCACAGCCCUUGUUAAAGGGAAGCCCCUGGCCACCGUCAAAGCGGAUUUGAUACACGCUUUCCUUAGUAUAGCAGAGCUGUCGCAUAGCGUGCUAAGCCCGAUGUCGUUUCGCGUCGAGUACAAGCGAGGAUCUAACGCGCCCGCCAUGUUUCAGCGACACGUCCGCUUCCAAGUGGAUAUUUCGACGAUAACGAAAGCGCCGGGCGAGAACGGGAAGGAGUAUCUAUACGCCAUCACGUUUACACUAUUAUCAGGUAACAUCCGCCGUUUCCGCCGCGUAUGCGAGGUCGUGCAAGCGGCCGUCUGUAGAGCGCCGGGGGCAUCUCGGGCGCCGCCGCACCACCCCCCUUCCCCCCGUGCGCAGAGGCGAGCCAUCGCGCCGCACGCAGCGGAAAUACCCGACAGUCCGGAGACACCCCACCAGCAGUCCGACCACGACAGCGACUCGUCAGUCUUCGACACCAUCAAGAGUCCCACAAGCCAUACCUCCAUCGACCAAUUGGAUCAGAAUGGAACCCAUCCCCUAGGAUCCAGUUCGUCGGUUACGAGUGGUUCUAGUGGAUAUAAACAAGGCGUGCGCGGGCGCCGCGCCGCCGAGCCAGCCUCCGCCUCCCUCGACCACGAGAUCAUGAGCUGCGGGCGGGACCUGCCCGGUACCCAUACAAAACGAUCGUCAUCCGAAUGUCGGGACACAACCUCGUCCCCGCGACGCGGGCUCGAGUCCCGGGACAGUUCAAUAAAAGACGAGCUCCGUAGGAACAACUCUCUCCGGGAGAACAGGCGGGACUUCCCGCGGGACGUGCGGGACCCGCCAACCACUUCCAUCGCGUGAAAUGGGGGGCGCGGUGCGUUUUGUGUUGAAGGUUGCCAAAGGUGCUGUGUUGGUUAUAUCUUGCGCUGUUUCUUUAUGUGUUAAUACUUGAUACCUUGAUUUGUUAUUGAUUAUUUUUUUAUAAGGGCCAACGCAAACCGUUAACUUUAUUGGCUAAUUCCAGCCUUGAGAUGGGAUGACAUGGUCUUAGAUUUUAAGCGACUAAUUAUAAAACUGAAGCUAAAUCAUCUAGCAAGAAUUGUAUGAAAUACAAUAAACAUUAAACUUAAUCCUACUAAUAUUA